AUGGAGCAGGAUUUUGGCAUUACAAAUUAUCUUGGAGAUCGUAAGAUCAGCGUUCCUUGCGUUUUGAAGGAGCUGUAUUCUGAUUUCAUUGUUCAGGAAGUUCUUGAGGAUAAAAGUGUAUUACAACUGCGGACAGCGGAUGAAAUCAAGGGUUAUGUCAAAGAGGAAGAGGAGAGAGGUGUUGAUGAGUCGGUGGCAGCACCCUCCUUCAUGAACACCGAGCAACUGGCAAGCCUAGAUGCUAUGAACAAGGACUCAAAGCCGUUGUUGAUAUCUUGUGAGGGCUUCAGCAAGGACGACCGCAGAGCCUUGCAUGAAUUCGUGAGGCUGCGAUAUCGUGGAACGUUGAAUACAGAGACAAAAGAAAAUGCAAUCGAGGUCAACUUCUGCGGUAUUGGAAGUCGAGCCAGAAAGCGAAAGCGAUGGCACAAAGAUUGUCCUAAUCAAUGUCAUUUCACCUUGGCUAAAGAGAAUAAGGAUACUAGCUACGCUCUCGGAGUUCUAGCGAAAUUUCUUAAUGUCACUGUAAACAAUUUUCGGACUCAUGGAAUCAAAGAUCGCCGUGCUAUUACGAGCGAAUACUUCAGCUUGAAUUCUCGACUCCGGGACAUAAUUGUGUACGAUUUCGAAUACGACAACGAUGAGCUGAAGAUGGGUGGGCACUGGGGAAAUCGAUUUAGCAUUAUUUUGAGAAGUAUACCACCUGAACUGCAGAGCGUUUUGGAAGGUCGUUUGGAAGAAUUCGACCGAAGUAUGCAGCGUUUCGGUUCCUGCGGUACAAGCACUGCCGCAGUGGGUAAACUUAUACUGAAAAGGGACUGGGAAGGUGCAGUGGCGCUCGUUCUCAACAACGAUCAUCUUCCAGGGUAUCUUGGUACCGUGGGAGACGCCCUUCGGUGCUGGAAGAAAACCAAAGAUGCCUCACAAGCACUUCGUUGUCUGAAGGGAAGCCAGGCGUACGCAUCAAUAGAAGCCAUCAUAUUCAAGUGUCUCGCCAAAGGCGGAACUUGGCAGAAGGUU